AUGGAACUGAGAAAUAACGUAUAGGUUAUGAUUGCCUAAACUCGGGUAACACAAAUUGGUUUUUUUAUUAUCGAUUUUAUGAUUGUUCUGAAUAAGACAGUAUGCCCUUUUGGAUAAGAGAAUUAAUUCCAGUAAAAUGGCUAGAUUGGUAUUUUCUCAGCUUACACAGUGAAUGAAGACCCUUAUGGACCUUAAAAAGAUAUGAUUAGAUCAACUAAAUAUGAAGAAAUUCAUCAGGCUUUUAUUGGAAUACGGAGCCUAACUUUUCAUUAUUCAUAAAGCGGAGUAAGUUUAAUUUAUGCUCCAAAUGCCAUAUCCACAGGUGGCGAAGCUGAAGGAGAUAAAUUUUAUGUAGAUUCAAAUACAAAUCUAAUGAUCAAUGAUUUAGCUCUGACAUAUUUUGAUGACUCUAUUCUAAUCAAUAUGCCUUCAAUCCCAGAUCUUAAUGUAAAUGUCUUAAGUGGUUAAGAUACUAUAAAAUGCUAUUCUAACUGUAAAAUCUAAUUAGAUUAAGGCAAAGAUAGAAUUAUAACAUCAAAUUCAACAGUUGUAAUCUAAAAUUUUAAAGUCAAUGAAGACAUUAUAGAUAUAACUAGUUAAAAUAUGGUGUACUCUAGAAACUACCUUAAUAUCAAGUAUUAUGAUUCGAACUCAUCCCUCCUGAUUGUCCUAAUUGCUAAUAAGAGCAAUGUAUAAAUUGUCAAGGAUGCUAAACAUGUGAUAGCUAUAAAUGCACUUAAUGCAAUCCUUAAUCUUCAAAUAAAUAUUUAGAACAAGCAGACUAAUACUUGUAAGGCUUGUGGAGAUGGCUGCAAAAUAUGUAAAGCAUAAAGCUGUUUGAGUUGCAAAGAAAAUUAUGCUUAUAUUCCAAGACUUUCUUUGAUAAAUUGCUACAUUGAUUUGAAGACUUAAAAUUGCAACGAUGGAGUAAACUUUAGAGCUAACAAAAAAGUUUCCAAGGCAAUGAAAGACAUCUUGGGAGAAUGCUUUUUAUCAAGUGAUGGUUCAGUUAAUAAACUAGAAGCUUCAAUUUAAGCACUUACUGAUAGAAGACUAUCAGCUUCUUCAAUAGUCACAUUAUUUGAAUCUAGCUAACCCUAAACUAAGAGACUCUUAGCAACUGUUUCAGUAGGUAUUGAUUCGCCCUUGUAUUAGAAAUAUACUACAUGCUAUGCAAGCACAUCUUAAUUAACCAGCAAUAUUUAUAAUCAAGAUUUCAAUUAAUUAGUUACAAAUCCAAGUCUAAAGUAAUCACAGUACAGCUCCUUAUAGCUGGUUGAAACUUUCCUUAACUUCAAUAAUCCUCCUAAAAGAGUGAGUUAUCCAAUUUUAUCAAUAUCAUAAAGUCUAAAUAUACCUAGUACUUUUACUGAUUAGGAGAAGAGACUUCGCUCUACAUUUAUGUCUUGUUUGACGAUGACUCUAAGUCACCUGUCAAUUUUAGAUUAAUAUGGAAAAAGGUUCAAUGAUCCAAUUUAAACAUAGAAUUUCCUUACUUCUAUAGGGGUAAUAUCCUAAUCAAAGGUAAUACCCUCUGCUAUAGAUAUUACCAAAAUAGGAUUUACUCAGGUAACCGAAAAGACCCAAUUUACUUAAAUAGAAAUAGCUAAGUCCAUCAAAGAUAUUGAUAAAAUUUUAAUUUUGAAAUUGAAAAACUCAGCUGAAUAUGUUUUAGCCACUAAUGGUGUUUUAGAUGAUUCUAAUAAUGUGAAGGUAAUUUAACCAACUUUAAAACAGGAGAUUUUUCUUGGAAUUGACUAGUUUGAUUCUUAUAUUGAAAUAAUAAUAUCUUCUUACAAAACCAAAAGAAAUAGAGAGUUACUAGCUAAUUUCUUGAUUGGAAAACCAUUUUAUCAUUCUAAAUUUACAUUCUUAAAAGGAAAUUAGUAUCUUCAAUAUCUGCUUGUUGAGUGGAGAAAUAUAGGAUAAGUGCAAACCUAAUAGCUUUUGUUAUUCGAUCUAAAUAAAGUUUCUAGUACUUAUAAAUCCUUAGUGACUAUCGACCUUGAUAAUCCUGAAUAUUCUCUCUCUUAAGUUGAUAUUUACCUUAACACCCGUUAUAAAUUAGAUGCUUAUGAUUAAACAAUCAUAAAUCUUGGAACUAAAGCUAUAAAUUAUUGUUCUGACGACGAGAUUCAGUCUUUUCUUGGAAUGAGCUCUCCUGCUUGCUAUAAAAACAAAAUGGGUGGCUAAUCUAUAUGCUAUGAAGAACCAAUGACAUCUUGCACCUCUUCUUUAAAAUAUACUGAAUAAAAAUGUUAAGGAUUAUUUAAAGCUAGAAGAUUACUCAUAGAAAACUAGCUUUAUAAUAAUAGCAUUAUUUUAUCUGCAAGUAAAGUUUAUCCUAAUAGGACAUGCUCAUUAAUAAAAUUGGGUAUAAUGUUCGGCUCAGAAGCUAUUUUUAACAAUUAGGUAUUUAUGAGCUAUUUUGAAAGUGAGGAUUACGAAAAUGCUGCUUUAGCAUUGUUGAGUUAGAAGGAAAGCUGCCUUAUGGAUCCGUAUUAGACUCUAACAAUCUAUAAAACUGUAAAGCUUAAUUAAGGCUAAUUUAUUCCUAAUCGAGAUGUAGAGCUAUUAAUAACUAUCACAAAAUUAAAGUAGAUUAUGCAAUAAUUGAGCGAGGAAAAAGCUAGAAUUUUUAUUCCUUAUCUAAAAAAAUAUAUGAUUAAAACUGAUAUAUCGACUCCUAGAAGAAUAGCAAUAUUUUUAGCCUAGAUUGCUCAUGAAUCUGCAUAGUUUGUCUAUUUAAAGGAAAUCGCUGAUGGUUCGUAAUAUGAAGGUAGAAUUGAUUUAGGAAACACUGAAGUGGGAGAUGGAGUUAAAUUUAAAGGUAGAGGAUUGAUUCAAAUUACUGGGAGAUCAAACUAUAAAAAAUAUGGAAAUCUAAUGAAUCUUGAUUUAAUUAACAAUCCAGUAUUGCUGGAAUAAGUUGAAAAUGCAGUGUAUGUAUCAUGCCUAUUUUGGUAGGACAGAAAGCUAAAUAGAUUGGCAGAUUAAGAUGAUUUUUUAGGAGUUACCAAAAAAAUUAACGGAGGAACAAAUGGUCUUUCAGACAGAUAAAUGUUCUAUGAAAGAGCUAAAAAUGCCUUUGGUCUCUGA